GCCAACAGAACGUCUUAAAACGUUUCGAUCUUGCUUUGCGCACCUUCCUCUCUUUCUUGCCCCCAUGCUGCUACAAUUCGAUCUAUCUCCUCGAUCAACUCUUAUUCUUGUGCAUCUUGAUUGGUGAAAUCACGAAUUGAAUAUAAUUGUGUAUUGGAUGAAGAAUUUCAUACAGUUAGGGUUUGAUCGAUUGUUGAACUAGUUAAUGCAAUUUAUUAAAUAAGAAGUAUUAGAACUGGGGGCGAAUCAGUCUCGGUCUCACCGGAGCCCGGCGGCGGCUUCAUCAUCGAAGGGACCGUGGUUCUUCCUCCGCGCUAAUCAUGCGCCUCGUCUUCACACCCUUGCGUAUCUUCACCAAGUCGAAUCCGUGACCCGCCUGGCAUCCGAUCAUAACCGCCCAGUGUCGUCCGCACCCCCACGCGUCAUGGAAAAUACCGGCAAUUCUGCUCCUUCAACUUUGGAGGAACCUGAGUACUUGGCACGGUAUUUGGUCAUCAAGCACUCGUGGCGGGGCCGCUAUAAGAGGAUACUGUGCAUUUCUAGCGUUGCCAUUAUAACUUUGGAUCCGUCGACGCUGGCGGUUACGAAUUCAUAUGAUGCGGGGAACGAUUUUGAGGGUGCGGCACCAAUUUUGGGGCGCGAUGAGAAUUCGAACGAGUUCAGUAUCAGUGUGCGGACUGACGGACGUGGCAAGUUCAAAGCCAUGAGGUUCUCAUCGAGAUACAGGGCGAGCAUUUUGACAGAGUUGCACCGAAUACGGUGGAAUAGGCUGGGGCCAGUAGCUGAGUUUCCUGUACUUCAUAUACGGCGACGGACAUCUGAGUGGGUUCCUUUUAAAUUGAAAGUGACUUACGUUGGUGUUGAACUCAUUGAGAUAAAAUCUGGAGACCUUCGCUGGUGCCUGGAUUUUAGAGACAUGGAUUCUCCUGCAAUUAUAAUUCUAUCUGAUGCUUAUGGAAUGAAAAAUGUCGAUCAUGGAAGUGGCUUUGUUCUUUGUCCCUUGUAUGGAAGAAAAUCUAAAGCUUUUCAAGCCGCUUCUGGAACCUCAAAUUCUACUAUUAUCUCACAUUUGACAAAAACUGCAAAAUCCACUGUUGGGCUGACACUGUCUGUGGAGAACACCAACACCCUCACCAUUUUGGAGUUUUUAAAACGAAGGGCAAAAGAAGCAGUUGGUGCAGAGGAGACCCCUUUGGGGGGUUGGUCUGUUACUAGAUUGCGGUCUGCUGCUCAUGGAACUCUAAAUGUUCCAGGUUUGAGCUUAGGAGUUGGCCCAAAAGGAGGACUUGGUGAGCGCGGUGAUGCUGUCUCUCGUCAACUUAUUCUUACAAAGGUUUCACUUGUUGAAAGGCGUCCUGAGAACUAUGAAGCUGUUACUGUUCGUCCUUUGUCUACUGUAAGUGCUCUUGUUCGAUUUGCUGAAGAGCCACAGAUGUUUGCAAUUGAAUUCAGUGAUGGGUGCCCUAUCCAUAUCUAUGCAAGCACAUCCCGUGAUAGCUUACUUGCAGCAGUUCGUGAUGUACUACAAACAGAAGGUCAAUGUGCAAUUCCUGUAUUGCCAAGGCUAACAAUGCCUGGUCACCGUAUUGAUCCUCCUUGUGGGAGAGUUCAUCUGCAAUAUGGUCAACAAAGGCUUGUAGCUGAUAUAGAAAGUGCGACCAUGCAUUUAAAACAUUUAGCAGCAGCGGCAAAAGAUGCUGUUGCUGAAGGUGGUUCUGUACCUGGAUCAAGAGCUAAGUUGUGGCGUAGAAUAAGGGAGUUUAAUGCCUGUAUUCCAUACAGUGGGGUGCCUCAGAACAUUGAAGUACCGGAGGUUACUUUGAUGGCCUUGAUUACUAUGCUUCCUGCUACUCCUAAUCUUCCUCCAGAAUCUCCUCCUUUGCCACCCCCUUCACCAAAAGCAGCAGCAACAGUGAUGGGAUUCAUUGCAUGCUUGCAUAGAUUACUUGCCUCAAGAAGUGCAGCCUCACAUGUAAUGUCUUUUCCUGCUGCUGUUGGAAGGAUAAUGGGUUUACUCAGAAACGGUUCUGAGGGUGUGGCUGCUGAGGCUGCUGGUCUAGUUGCAUCACUCAUUGGUGGUGGGCCUGGUGAUGCAAAUACAAUGACAGAUCUUAAAGGAGAGUGGCAUGCCACAAUUAUGCACACCAAGUCAGUAUUGUUUGCUAAUCAUGGCUACGUUAUUAUUCUUGUCAACAGACUAAAGCCUAUGUCAGUAUCACCAUUACUGUCAAUGGCAGUUGUUGAGGUGCUUGAGGCUAUGAUUUGUGAGCCACAUGGGGAGACUACCCAGUACACUGUUUUUGUAGAGUUGUUGCGCCAUGUAGCUGGACUGAAGCGUCGCUUAUUUGCACUGUUUGGUCAUCCUGCUGAAAGUGUUAGAGAAACAGUAGCUGUGAUUAUGCGAUCAAUUGCAGAAGAGGAUGCCAUUGCUGCAGAGUCCAUGCGGGGUGCUGCUCUGCGUGAUGGUGCUUUGUUGAGACAUUUAUUGCAUGCAUUGUUCCUUCCUGCAGGUGAGCGUCGUGAAGUUAGUCGACAACUUGUUGCUCUUUGGGCAGAUUCUUACCAACCAGCUCUGGAGCUAUUGUCCCGAAUUUUGCCUCCUGGCCUUGUUGCUUAUUUGCACACCCGUUUUGAUGGAGUUCUAGCAGAAGAUGUAAAUCAAGAAGAGUCAUUAGCUGGAAGAAGAAAACGACGAUUACUACAGCAGAGGAAAAGUCGUGUAGGAAGAGGAAUAACUGCUCAGGAGCAACAGUUCUCUACAGUUAAUAAUUUUGAUGGUGCUGAUUUGGGUAGGCAAACUGGGGUUGCUGCUCAUAGGGGUAUAGACAACUAUCAUACAUCUAGUUCUGACCCAAACUUUGCACAAGCUUCAAACACUCAAUCUUCAAUUUUUUCCACAAGUGAAAAUCGGGAUAAUGGAUCUUCAGUAGGAGAUGCACAAAAUGGUCAUUCAACUGUUAUGCCUUCCUCUAUUGCACCAUCUGCAAACUCAAAUGAAGAAGCAUCAGGACCUAAUUCUUUGAGUUCAGUUGACCCUGAAGGCAAUACAAUUGGUUUUCAAAGUCCAGGAGUUCCAGCUCCUGCUCAAGUUGUUGUGGAGAACAUCCCUGUAGGAUCUGGUCGACUAAUAUGCAAUUGGCCUGAAUUUUGGCGAGCUUUUAGUUUAGAUCAUAAUCGUGCAGAUUUGAUAUGGAAUGAGCGUACUAGGCAAGAGUUGAGGGAAGCUUUGCAAGCUGAAGUUCAUCUACUAGAUGUUGAGAAGGAGCGAACUGAAGAUAUUGUCCCGGGUGGUGCUACAGUAGAAAUGAUAAGUGGGAUUGAAAAUAUACCCCAAAUAUCUUGGAACUACCCUGAAUUUUCUGUCCGUUACCCAAGCUUGUCAAAAGAAGUUUGUGUGGGCCAGUAUUAUCUGCGUUUGCUGCUUGAGAGUGGUGGUGGUGGCAGGGCGCAGGACUUCCCACUGCGUGAUCCAAUUGCAUUCUUUAGAGCACUUUACCAUCGGUUUCUAUGUGAUGCUGACACAGGGCUUACUGUAGAUGGUGCUGUUCCUGAUGAACUAGGUGCCUCUGAUGAUUGGUGUGAUAUGGGCAGGUUAGAUGGUUUUGGAGGAGGUGGUGGUUCAUCAGUGAGGGAGCUCUGUGCAAGGGCGAUGGCAAUUGUAUAUGAACAACAUUACAAGACUAUUGGUCCUUUUGAGGGCACAUCUCACAUAACUGUUCUCUUGGAUAGGACUGAUGACAGGGCUUUGAGGCACCGACUUCUUCUACUUUUAAAGGCUUUAAUGAACUUUCUAUCAAAUGUUGAGGCCUGUGUUCUAGUUGGAGGUUGUGUACUAGCUGUUGAUCUACUUACAGUGGUCCAUGAAGCCUCAGAGAGGACAGCUAUUCCCUUGCAGUCUAAUUUGAUUGCUGCUACUGCUUUUAUGGAACCUCUUAAGGAAUGGAUGUAUAUUGAUAAAGAUGGUGCCCAAGUUGGACCUUUGGAAAAAGAUGCUAUUAGAAGGUUAUGGUCUAAAAAAGCUAUUGAUUGGACGACAAGAUGUUGGGCUUCUGGGAUGCUGGAUUGGAAGAAGCUGCGGGAUAUUCGUGAGCUCCGUUGGGCUCUUGCACUUAGAGUUCCUGUCCUUACACCCGCUCAGGUAGGGGAUGCAGCUUUAUCUAUAUUGCAUAGCAUGGUAUCUGCACAUUCAGAUUUAGAUGAUGCUGGAGAGAUUGUAACUCCAACUCCUAGAGUAAAACGAAUCUUGUCAAGUCCUCGCUGUCUUCCGCAUAUUGCACAGGCCAUUCUUUCUGGGGAACCUAGUAUUGUUGAGGCAGCUGCUGCCUUGCUGAAGGCCAUUGUCACUCGUAAUCCCAAGGCCAUGAUACGCUUAUACAGCACUGGAGCAUUUUAUUUUGCACUGGCUUACCCUGGAUCCAAUCUGAUUUCAAUUGCCCAGCUCUUUGCUGUCACCCAUGUCCAUCAAGCAUUUCAUGGUGGUGAAGAGGCUGCAGUUUCAACAUCACUGCCGUUGGCAAAACGUAGUGUUCUUGGUGGAUUGCUCCCUGAAUCUUUGUUGUAUGUACUGGAGCGUAGUGGUCCAGCAGCAUUUGCUGCUGCUAUGGUUUCUGAUUCUGAUACUCCAGAAAUUAUAUGGACACACAAAAUGAGGGCUGAAAAUCUAAUUCGUCAGGUUUUGCAGCAUCUUGGUGACUUCCCGCAGAAAUUAUCACAGCAUUGCCAUGUUUUAUAUGAUUAUGCCCCUAUGCCUCCUGUUACUUACCCAGAGCUAAAAGAUGAAAUGUGGUGUCACCGCUAUUACCUCAGGAAUCUAUGUGAUGAGAUUCGAUUUCCGAAUUGGCCUAUUGUUGAACAUGUUGAGUUUCUGCAGUCAUUAUUGGUAUUGUGGCGUGAAGAGUUGACAAGGAAGCCUAUGGAUCUUUCAGAAGAAGAAGCUUGCAAAAUCUUAGAAAUAUCAUUGGAGGAUGUAUCUAUUGAUGGAAAUAAAAAUUCUUUGGAUAUGGGAGAGGAAGCAUUUAGCUUAUCCAAGCAGAUUGAGAAUAUUGAUGAAGAAAAAUUAAAGCGACAGUAUAGGAAACUGGCAAUGAAAUAUCAUCCUGACAAAAACCCAGAAGGAAGGGAAAAGUUUCUUGCUGUGCAGAAAGCCUAUGAACGCCUCCAGGCUACCAUGCAAGGUUUGCAAGGCCCUCAACCUUGGAGAUUGCUUCUUUUAUUGAAAGGACAGUGUAUAUUGUACAGAAGAUAUGGAGAUGUAUUGGAGCCAUUCAAAUAUGCUGGCUAUCCCAUGUUGUUAAAUGCAGUUACUGUGGACAAUGAUGAUAACAAUUUUCUUUCUUCAGAAAGAGCUCCUCUCCUUGUUGCUGCAUCAGAGCUUGUUUGGCUGACGUGCGCAUCUUCUUCAUUGAAUGGUGAAGAGCUAGUGAGGGAUGGCGGAGUACAACUUCUUGCAACCCUUCUUUCCCGUUGCAUGGGUGUCGUUCAACCCACUACUCCUGGAAAUGAACCAUCAGCCAUCAUAGUUACAAAUAUCAUGCAAACCUUUUCAGUUCUGAGUCAAUUUGAGGCUGCCAGAGCUGACAUGCUUGAGUAUUCUGGACUAGUUGAGGACAUUGUGCACUGUACUGAACUUGAGUUUGCACCUGCAGCUGUUGAUGCUGCUUUGCAGACUAUUGCCAACAUUUCUGUUUCCUUGGAGUUGCAGAAUGCUUUACUGAAGGCUGGUGUAUUAUGGUACCUUCUGCCUUUACUGCUUCAGUUUGACUCCACUGCUGAAGAAUCUGAUACUACAGAGUCACAUGGUGUUGGUGCUAGUGUUCAAAUUGCCAAAAACAUGCAUGCUAUACGAGCAUCCAUGGCUUUGUCAAGGAUCAGUGGUUUAUGUGCUGAUGAGAAUCCGACACCUUAUAAUAAUGCUGCAGCUGAUGCUCUCAGAGCUUUGCUAACUCCUAAGCUUUGUAGCAUGUUAAAAGACCAAAUGCCUAAAGAUCUGCUUUCCAAAUUAAACGCAAACCUGGAGACUCCUGAGAUUAUCUGGAACUCUUCAACAAGGGCAGAGCUGCUGGCUUUUGUGGAUGAGCAGCGUGCAUCUCAAGGCUCUGAUGGUUCAUAUGACAUAAAAGAUUCUUAUGACUUUAGCUAUAAAGCAUUAUCGAGAGAACUAUUCAUUGGCAAUGUUUACUUAAGAGUCUACAACGAUCAGCCAGACUCUGAAAUUAGUGAAGCAGAAGCUUUUUGUGUUGCUCUAAUUGAUUUUAUAUCAUUUCUUGUGCGCAAUCAAAAUACUGGAGAUGCUGAUGGUCAUGGCAUAGUUGAUUCCGCUGCUGCAGUCGUUCAAACACCUGAGUGUCAAACUGAGACUAAUGGUAAUGGAUCUGCUAGUGAGCAGCAUGUCCUGGAUGAUUCCACAACAGUAUCUGAUGGACAAGUGGCAGAAAAAGAGGAACUUGAGUUGGUUAAGAACCUUCGUGCUGCAUUAACCUCCCUUCAGAACCUUCUCACUAGCAAACCAAAUUUGGCAUCGAUAUUUUCUAACAAAGACAAGUUAAUGCCUCUCUUUGAGUGCUUUUCUCUUACUGAAGCAUCAGAUAGUGGCAUUCCUCAACUUUGCCUGGGUGUGUUGUCACUCUUGACAGCCCAUGCUUCCUGCUUGGAGGCCAUGGUAGCAGAUGGAUCCAGCCUUCUUCUUUUACUACAGAUGCUUCACUCCUCUCCAAGUUGUCGUGAAGGGGCUCUCCAUGUUUUAUAUGCAUUGGCAAGCACUCCAGAACUUGCCUGGGCAGCUGCCAAGCAUGGUGGAGUUGUGUACAUUCUUCAACUGCUCUUGCCUUUGAAGGAUGAAAUUCCACUGCAACAAAGAGCGAUGGCAGCUGCCUUGUUGGGCAAGCUUGUUGGCCAACCAAUGCAUGGUCCAAGAGUUGCUAUAGCACUAGCUAGGUUUCUUCCAGAUGGGAUGGUAUCUGUAAUCAGAGAUGGACCUGGUGAGGCUGUUGUAAUUGCCCUAGAGCAGACUACAGAGACACCAGAACUUGUAUGGACGCCCGCAAUGGCAGCUUCCUUAUCUGCACAGAUUUCAACUUUGGCAUCAGAACUAUUCCGUGAGCAGAUGAAAGGUCGGGUUGUUGAUUGGGAUGUGCCUGAACAGGCUUCUGGACAACAGGAAAUGAGGGAUGAGCCACAGGUUGGUGGCAUCUAUGUCCGACUGUUUCUGAAAGAUCCUAAAUUUCCUCUGAGAAAUCCUAAAAGAUUCUUGGAAGGACUACUUGAUCAGUAUUUAUCAUCUAUUGCUGCCACACAUUACGAGACACAGGCUGUUGAUCCAGAGUUGCCUUUGCUUCUCUCUGCUGCAUUAGUUUCAUUACUCCGCGUGCAUCCUGCACUAGCAGAUCAUGUGGGAUAUCUUGGGUAUGUGCCCAAACUUGUCGCUGCCGUUGCCUAUGAAGGUAGGCGAGAAACAAUGGCAUCAUCAGGUGAGGUAAAUAAUGACAAUCAUGCAGACAGAAUGGAUGACACAGACAAUGGCUCAAGAGAGCAAACACAAACUCCUCAAGAACGUGUGCGUCUCAGUUGUUUGCGCGUCCUGCAUCAACUUGCAGCUAGCACCACAUGUGCUGAAGCCAUGGCUGCUACAAGUGUAGGAACACCUCAGGUAGUUCCUCUACUAAUGAAAGCUAUAGGAUGGCAAGGUGGAAGCAUUUUAGCUCUUGAGACCCUAAAACGUGUUGUGGUUGCUGGAAACCGAGCGAGGGAUGCUCUUGUUGCACAAGGACUCAAAGUUGGUCUUGUUGAAGUACUUCUCGGUCUUCUUGACUGGAGGGCUGGUGGGAGGAAUGGGCUUUGCUCUCAAAUGAAGUGGAAUGAAUCUGAAGCAUCUAUUGGCAGGGUGCUUGCGAUUGAGGUCUUGCAUGCCUUUGCCACCGAAGGAGCACAUUGUACUAAAGUGCGAGAAAUAUUAAAUAGUUCCAAUGUUUGGAGUGCAUACAAAGACCAGAAGCAUGAUCUCUUCCUUCCUUCAAAUGCUCAAUCUGCAGCAGCUGGCAUUGCUGGUCUGAUUGAGAGUUCAUCGUCAUCAAGACUCACUUAUGCACUUACAGCUCCGCCGCCAGCACCUGCUUCCUCCAGAAUUCUUCCAUCAUCUGCAUCAAGCUUGAAUGGUAAGCAAGACCAGCUUUCAUAGCACAGAAAACUAGAUUGUUUGAGCUGCAUGUAUUCAAGCUUGCACCUGGACCAGUGGCCUGUAUAGUACGUUGUACAGUUAUCCUGUCUCCGUGCACCCUGGAUGAUCACCGGGAUGCAUGUGCAAUUUUCUUAGAGCAAAUUAUUCGUUUGUAUGAAGAGGGAUUUUUGGUCCCCGCUCCCACAAGCGCCCUUUUUUUCUUGUAAAUUGAGUGGUCUAUUUGCCAAUGUACUGCAGAAUAGUGAGGUGAUUUUAUGCAUUCCGCUCUAGUUUAGUCCUACUUUGCUUUGUAUCCACACAUGAUCAAUUU